GUAAAGGACCCUACAGCUGUAGAAAGAGCAAAUUUGCUGAACAUGGCUAAAUUGAGUAUCAAAGGACUCAUUGAAUCAGCUUUGAGCUUUGGCCGAACUCUGGAUUCUGACUACCCACCUUUGCAGCAGUUCUUUGUUGUCAUGGAGCACUGCCUGAAGCAUGGCCUUAAAGUAAGAAAAUCCUUUUUAAGUUACAAUAAAACCAUCUGGGGUCCUCUGGAACUUGUGGAGAAAUUAUAUCCAGAAGCUGAGGAAAUAGCAGCAAGUGUCAGAGAUUUGCCUGGCCUCAAAACACCACUGGGCCGUGCCCGGGCCUGGUUACGGCUAGCACUAAUGCAGAAGAAAAUGGCCGACUAUCUUCGCUGUUUAAUUAUUCAGAGAGAUCUUCUCAGUGAAUUUUAUGAGUAUCAUGCAUUAAUGAUGGAAGAAGAAGGAGCAGUUAUUGUUGGACUAUUAGUUGGGUUAAAUGUGAUAGAUGCCAACUUGUGUGUGAAGGGAGAAGACCUAGAUUCACAAGUUGGAGUGAUUGAUUUCUCUAUGUAUUUAAAGAGUGAUGAUGACAUUGGGGGUAAGGAAAGAAAUGUACAGAUUGCUGCAAUUUUGGACCAAAAGAAUUAUGUUGAAGAACUAAACAGACAGCUGAAUAGCACAGUUAGCAGUCUACAUGCAAGAGUUGAUUCACUGGAGAAAUCAAACACUAAGCUGAUUGAAGAGUUAGCAAUAGCCAAAAACAAUAUCAUUAAACUUCAGGAAGAAAACCAUCAAUUAAGGAGUGAAAAUACUCUUAUUUUAAUGAAAACACAGCAUCAUCUAGAGGCAACUAAGGUGGAUGUUGAAGCAGAACUUCAGACAUACAAACAUUCCAGGCAGGGUUUAGAUGAAAUGUACAAUGAGGCACGUAGGCAGCUUCGAGAAGAAUCGCAACUUCGACAAGAUAUGGAGAAUGAGCUAGUGGUUCAAGUUAGUAUGAAGCAUGAGAUAGAACUUGCCAUGAAGUUGCUGGAGAAGGACAUUCAUGAGAAGCAGGAUACCCUCAUAGGCCUUCGACAGCAGCUUGAUGAGGUUAAAGCAAUUAACAUGGAAAUGUACCAAAAGCUGCAGGUUUCUGAAGAUGCUAUGAAAGAGAAGAAUGAAAUAAUUGGUCGGUUAGAGGAUAAGACCAAUCAAAUUAAUGCAGCUAUGAAACAACUAGAACAAAGAUUGCAGCAAGCAGAGAAGGCCCAAAUGGAGGCUGAGGCUGAGGAUGAGAAACUUAAACAGGAAUAUGUGAAUAAAUCUGAAAGUCUGCAGAAAGAAUUCUCCCAGAAGGAGAAACAGCUGCUUCAGCUGGAAACAGAUUUGAAGAUAGAAAAAGAGUGGCGGCAAACCUUAGAGGAUGAUCUUCAAAAGGAAAAAGAAACCGUAUCUCAUCUGAGAAUAGAGACCCAAGAAAUAAUUAAUCUCAAAAAAGAGUUCCUUAAACUUCAGGAAAAGAACAAACAACUGAAAAGGAUAUGUCAAGACCAAGAGGCUGCUCUCCAAGAACUGGCAUCCAAGCUGAGCGAAUCAAAACUGAAAAUAGAAGAUAUAAAAGAAGCGAACAAAGCAUUGCAGGGCCAGGUUUGGUUGAAAGACAAAGAGGCUACACAUUGCAAGUUAUGUGAAAAGGAAUUUUCUCUUUCCAAAAGGAAGCAUCAUUGUAGAAACUGUGGUGAGAUCUUCUGUAAUGCCUGUUCUGACAAUGAACUGCCUCUGCCUUCUUCACCAAAGCCUGUUCGGGUCUGUGAUUCCUGCCAUGCAAUACUUAUACAGAGGUGCUCUUCUAAUGUGCCAUAA